UCUCGAGGGAGGGAGAGGCUUCGGCCGAUAAGAAAAAAGUGCCAUGCCACCUUCGGAGUUUAAGAAAGCAACACAUGUUGUUUCCAGAAUGGCUCUGGCAUCUCCCUCAAAUUCAAGGUCCCCCCAUGGACCGAAAUUCUUUGUCCGUCUCCAGGAAAGCUUGGCCCAAUCACUGAAGGAGAUUGAGGAUGCCAAACCCUCGUCCAUCAAACGGGAUCUUAUGAGGUUAGACUUGUAUCGCAAUGUGUUUCAAGAGCUCGCGAGUCAACUCAAGACCUAUGGAACUUUCUUGGACCGCAUCCGGUUGGAGUACGAGAGGCGUUUGCAAUAUUUGGAAAAGCGCUUGGCUUGUGCUGAAUCCGACAGAACCAGACUCCAGAACGACUUCAAGGAACUGCAAACCAGUCUUCUGGAGCAAGUUGACCCCAUGAGUGCGGGAAGAGUGGGAUUUAUCGAAUCAGGUGGAAAAGAGGAUUCUGGGCACUCCAAGGCUUUGGAAGCAAUGCGUCAACGGGCUCGGUACGCCCAUGCGCUCACCAAAUUGGAAAGAAUGGAAAAGGAGAAGCAUGAACUCCUGGAAUCGUUGGCUAAGAUCGAGGCCGUUAAAAUGGAAUUAGAUCAGAAACUCGAGAAUGAGCAAGCAGCGAAGACUCUGAUGUUCCACGAAUAUGCCGAGCUUCAAACGGAGCUCUCCUGGUACAAAGAGGCACAGAAGAAUCAAGAGGAUCCUGGUGUUCUUCGACUAGCUCUGAAUCAAUCCAGGAAAGAUUUGUCCAAAGUCCAAGGCCUCUUAAAUGACUACACUUUCGGCUUCGACUCGAUCAUUCCUCAAUCCCAAUACGACACCCUAAUGAAAAAAUACGAGAAUUUGGCCCUCGAAUUUGACCGACUCGAUGCCAAAGCGAAAUACUUGUCCAAAGAAAAUGGGGAUCUCGUGUCCUACUUGCGGGAAAUGUCUGUGGAACUUGAGAAACUGCGCACUGAUGGGAAGCACUCCAAUGCGGAGGACCAAAUUCACAUCCAAGGUCAUGAUUUCUAGUGCACCACUCGGAAUGAUAUCAUAGUCAAUUAAACCCACAAUACGAGCAUUCAUCAACUUUGGAAACGUUUAUUACCAUUUUCAUCCUGGUGGUUGGAGAUAUCAAACGUGCAUUAUGCUCGAGCAUAGUUCAAAUUUAUGGGGUAAUUUGUUGACCUCAAAUCCUGAUAGUCCAUGACUUGUCAGGGUUCUCAGAUUUGUAGUCGGGGAACCAUAAAUUGAAGUUCAGGCUCGACCUUAGAGCAUUGUUCA